AUGGCGGUGAGAAAGAAAGACGGCUUGCCGGACUUCAAAUACUAUGARUCGCUUGAAACUGCUUCGCUGUUUGAGCCUGUUAAGCAGUUCUUGCUAAAGAAUCACAAAAAGUAUGUCCAAGCUGAGCCACCGACCAACAAAGUACUUGCUUCUCUUGUUGCACAACUCCUUCAAUUUCAAGAGGAAAACUUUGGACGUACUGUUUUGAAACCACUUUUGACAAAACUACCAAUGAAACUUUUCCAAGACUUUUCAGCUGGUGGAGGACUAUGCACAAUAUUUGCUACUGUUUAUAAAACAAAGACAGAGCAAGGAUGGAGGAGAUUUGACUUUCAAUCACCAUCAAGAAUGGACAGGAACGUUGAGCUUUUCUUGAAUAUUGAGAAAUCUCUGAAAGAGAACAAGCUUCUUGAUAUGCCACAGUUAUUUUUCGCACCUGAUGUUGAUCCAAGAUUGAUUCCAAGUCUUAAAGACAUUGCAAAACGGCACAAUGCAACUGUUGUUGAAGACAGAUCAUUGGCUACUCACAUUGUACAUGGACCUCCWCCUCCAAUGCCUGAAGAGGAUUGGCUGAGRCCACUAAAAAAACAAGCUGACCAAGUCCUUGUACAUUGGUGGUAUUAUCCUGAUAGUUAUGAUACUUGGGUGUCCACUGGUGAUGUUGUUGAUGAACCACAAGAAGAACCAGUUCAUCGAGGUCCUUGGGAGGUGAAUGCUCGCUGGUUAACAGACUUGGAUCAGUUCAAUGAAUGGAUGAAUGAAGAGGAUUAUGAAUUAACUCAAGCUGAAAUAGAGAGUGGUAGUGUAGGUGCAACAUCGCCAUCACAUGGGAGAAGGAAAAGUUACCGAAGUGGUGCAUCAAGCUCAGARGAGCCCUCCAGCCCAGACUCUGCUAUGAAAGCAAAGAAAAGGAAGCGUAGUCCAUCACCUGAUCCAAAGAAGAAAAAGAAAAAGUAGAGGAAGUUCCUAUCCCAGCGUCAAGUAAAGGAAAAGAAACUGACCUCCAACCAGUUAAAGGAGGAACUUUGACUGACAUUUCUGAAGCUGGUGGCAAAAGUGACAAAGCAUCUGARGCCGAUGAGACAGAGGAACAACCAGAGGAGCCUGAACCACAAACCUCUGCUCCAGGSUCGCCAUCUCAAUCCCAACCAGAGAUCUUUAAAGAACCAUUAAGCUUACCAGACGCAGAACCACAUGACGAGAACCUAACAGAGCAGACACACCAUAUCAUUAUACCAAGUUAUGCUUCAUGGUUUGACUGUAAUAGUAUACAUGCCAUCGAGAGAAGAGCCUUGCCAGAAUAUUUCAACAGUCAAAACAAAUCCAAAACACCCGAAAUAUAUCUCGCCAUUAGAAACUUCAUGAUUGAUGCCUACCGUCUUAAUCCAACUGAAUACCUAACAGCCACAGCCUGCAGGAGGAAUCUAGCGGGYGAUGUGUGUGCUAUAAUUAGAACUCAUGCAUUCCUGGAACAGUGGGGACUKAUCAACUAUCAAGUAGAUGCAGAUGCYAGACCAGCACCCAUGGGACCUCCUUCUACUUCUCAUUUCCACGUCAUGGCUGAUACACCAGCRGGUCUGCAGCCAUUACAGCCACCUAAAAGCAUGAUAUCAGCUUCACACCAAAUGAUGCAGUUUAAAGAUGAAGGAAUYACUAAAGACAUCUCUAAAUCUCCUGCAAGUAGCACAAGUUUUGGUCUCCAUACAGACCAGUAUUUAUCAAAGAAAAGUCAAAAGGCUGCUACAGCAACUAAAGAAUGGACAGACCAGGAAACAUUACUACUACUSGAGGGCAUGGAAAUGUAUAAAGAUGAUUGGAAUAAGGUAGCAGAGCACGUAGGCACGCGUACACAAGAUGAAUGCAUCCUCCACUUCCUAAGAUUACCAAUAGAAGAUCCUUACCUUGAAGAUAUGAAGCUAGGACCUUUGUCUUACCAACCAGUACCGUUUAGCCAACAAGGAAAUCCUAUUAUGUCUACUGUGGCAUUUCUAGCUUCUGUUGUGGACCCAAGGGUUGCAAGUGCUGCAGCGAAGGCUGCGUUGGAGGAAUUUUCAAAGAUGAGAGACGAGAUACCUAAAUCAGUCAUCGAAAGUCACGUGAAAAAAGCCGCGAAUUCUAAAGCAGUGAAAGUAAAAGACGAACCAGUGACUGGGGAAGAUGCUCCAGCAGAAGAAGAGUCUAUGGAUGUCGAUGAAACAGAAUCUUCAAAACAAACUCCAGCUGAGCCUUCUACAGCCUCUCAGGAGAAGGAUGACGAGUCAUCUAAAGAUGAAGAAACCUCUGAGUCAGCAUUAGAGAUGAAUGGCGAAGGCGAAUCAAGUCAGCAACUUAAACUGGAAGACAGCAAAGAAGGCAAUAUUGCCACUGCUGCAGCAUCGGCAUUGGCAGCGGCUGCAGUGAAAGCAAAGCAUCUCGCGCAAGUGGAAGAAAGAAAGAUUAAAAGUUUAGUUGCUUUACUUGUUGAAACACAGAUGAAAAAACUCGAAAUAAAACUCCGCCACUUUGAAGAACUUGAAACCAUCAUGGACAGAGAACGAGAAGCAUUGGAAUACCAGCGACAGCAGUUACUGGCUGAACGUCAACAGUUUCACCAAGAGCAACUGCGGGCCGCUGAAAUUCGAGCACGUGCUGGAUACAUGACAUCACCGCUGGGUACCCCUGGUGGACAGCAGCAGAAUGGUCCCCAGGCCCAUGCUGUACAACAACCAUCUACGCCACAGCCAUCCCAAACCGCACAACCUGCRCAGCAACAACAACAACAACARCAGGCUAAACAAGUUACACAAAAUCAACAGGCUCAACAAGAUUCGCAAACAUUACCCGUACAACCCCAACGGCCGCAGACUGGUUCUCAGGGACAGCCRUCGUUAGCACAACARCAACAGUACCAUAUGCUACAACAAGGACAAGAUCAGACGAAUCGACCUCAGCCAACUACUCAAGGUGUACCGAACCAARCYAGUGCGCCGUCUCCAGCGGCAGCAGCGUCACCAAUGAUGAACCCUGGGUCAGUGAACUCCAUCGGCUCUCACCCUGCAUCAGGGUGUAGUACUCCUGCUUCCUACCUCGGCGCUGCAUCGCCAGCACCCCAAGCCCAUGGACCAGGAACCCCAGGGGGUGGAACUAUACCAACGGCUAAUGCCUUGUCAAUAGGUGGUGCRGAGGGUUCUCAUACCCCUUCUCCUUCCAACCCUAACAGUGGACAGGUUGAGUAAAGAUUUAAUGUAUUUGUAAAUCAGAACCUAUUACGUAUUAUGACAGAGAUGUAUGCAUCGACUAGAACUAACAUUCUCUCUCUCUUGUAAUUUAAUAUCUAUAGAAUUAAUGUAGCCUAUGACUUUUAAACAUUAAAUAUCGCCAUCUUUUA